UAACUGGCCGUCGUCGUCUUCGUCAUCUGAAUUGUCACCUGUGUAAACAAUCUAACAAUUGUGACAAAUGUGUUGCAUAUUAUCGGGAUUGUAUGAAUUCUGUGCCACCGCCGUCAAAGGAGGGGUCGGAUGUUGUUGCGAUUGUACGAAGAAAGUGGUCUGCUGCUGCUGCCAGUGCGCGUUUCAAACGCUCUGCUGUAUCAUCUUUGUGGUGCUGAUCGUAGCGCUGGCCAUCGGGCUCGGAAUCUACUUUGGGAUCUUCCACAACGCGGACAGCGGCAACGCGAGUACUACCACAACGACCACCCCCGUCAGCAGGCUGCUGAGCACGUUGUAUCCGAAAUUGGAGGAUGAUGAUUCGUUGCAUGGUUGAGGAGAGUUUAUGGAUGGAAUUGUGGUGAUCAGAGCAAAAUUUAGCGGUUUUAAAAUGUGUGAUUUCAUU